AUGAUAUAAGCUCCUAUAAUAGUUGCAAUGGUUUUAAUGAAAAGCUAUUAUUUAAUUAAAGGUUUAAAUACUUCAAAGCUUAUUCAUGAUAACGUUAUGAAUAGCUUAUUAAAUGCUUCAUAUACAAAGUUUUAUAAUACAAUUCUCAUUGGGAGAUUGAUGAAUAGGUUAAGUAAGGAUAUUUAUAAUAUUGAUUUAUUAUUUCCUAAUGAAAUUUAAAACUUAACAUAUCAAUUAACAUCCUUGUUAUUACCAUUAUUUGCAUGCUUCCUUUAUUUAAACAUUGCAGCAUUACCUUUGUUAAUUCUUUUUUUCAUUAUUCUGAUAUAUUUAACAGUAAUUUACUAUAGAUGUUUGAGAGAAAUUACAAGAAUUGAAGCUGUUUCUAAAAGUCCUGUUUUUUCUUUUUUUUAAUAAAUUGUUAGAGGAGUUACUUAUGUUAGGAGUUGCUUACCAAUAGAAAAAGUUGUAGCUUUAUAAUAAAAAAAUGUUGAUAUUGAUUUAGGAAAUUAAUUAAAUUUGUACGGAUUUUAAUAUUGGUAUCAAUCAUUUGCUGGAUCAAUAACAAAUUUCUUUUAAGCAUUGUUAUUUAUAAUUUGUGUAAAGUUUAUUAUUAAUUAAGUUUCUCUUUCCAGGAAAGACUUAAAAAAUGACUAAUCUAGUCCUGUAAUAGAUGUAAACUGUUUCUAAUUUACUUUUAAAUUCUUCAAUAUCUUAUGGAAAUUUACAAAUGUAUUUUAUCAGUUUUGAAAGAUGUUUACAUUUAGCAAAGUAAUUAUAUUUAAAUAAUUAUUCAGUAAAAUAGAAUUAGAAGAAAAAAAUCAUCCCUUAAUUACUCCAACUGAUCAAAAUAAUAAAGAUAAGGAUUAAAAAGAUAAAUCCAAUAUAGUAUUAAAGCUUGAAAAUUGUACCUUUUAAUACAGAUCUAAUUCAAAGAGUGUUUUAUAAUAAAUAUCAUUACAAUUACAUAAAGGCGAAAAAGUAUACAAUUAUUAUAAAUUUUAAGAUUGGUGUUGUUGGAAGAACAGGAGCAGGUAAGAGUUCUAUUAUUUUUGCAUUGACUUCAAUUUUGGAUUAGAUCGAAGGAUAAAUUGAAAUAGAAGAUUAAAAUAUAAAUUCAUAUUCUCUGAAUCAGUUGAGAUCUAAGUUUGCAAUUAUUCCAUAGGAUCCUUUGAUAUUUAUGGGAACUUUGAGAGAAAAUUUAGACCCAUUAAAUUAAUUUAGUGAUGACAAAAUAUUAGAAAUAGCAUAAUAAUGUAGAUUGUUUGAAAUGCAAAGCUUUAAAUAACAUGGAUUAUAAAGUGAGAUAACUUUAUCAGGAAAUAACUUAUCAUAAGGAGAGAAAUAAUUAUUGAAUAUCUCAAGAUGUGUUUUAGAAGAUAAAUAAAUAGUUUUAGUUGAUGAAGCCACUGCAAAUAUUGAUUAAAAGACAGAAGAACAUGUUAAAGAUGUAAAAUUUUAAAGAAUACUAAUUUAUAGAUUUUUGAAAAAUAUUUUAAAAAUGCUGCUAUGUUGACAAUUGCUCAUAAAGUCACAACAAUCAUGAAUUCAGAUAAAAUAAUGGUUUUGAAUGAUGGUAAGAUAUCAGAGUUCGACCAUCCACAAAAAUUGUUGGCUGAUCCAAACAGUGAAUUCAAAUAAAUUAUAGAUCUUAUCAAUUAAUCGGAAUAAUUAUGA